AUGAUAAGAACUACUCAAAUCGACGAUGAGCAGAUUACAAUGUUACGGCGGGCGUUCAGCAUGUUCGACUCGAGCAAGCAAGGUCGCAUAGAAAAGGAGAAGGUACGCACCAUUCUCAACACAAUGGUGCACAGCUACGACGACAACGAGCUCGACCAGAUACUCGACAACGAGGAUAUUGAUGGUUCAGGGAAGCUCAACUUCGAUUCUUUUGUGCGUGUUGCGACCCACUUCUUGGACGAGGACGAUGAAGCCCUACAGAAAGAACUAAAAGAAGCUUUCAGACUGUACGACAAAGAAGGUAACGGGUAUAUUCCGACAUCAAGCUUGCGCGAGAUCCUGGCCGCACUGGAUGACCAGCUCACCCCGGACCAGCUCAAUGAAAUGAUCGCAGAAAUUGACACCGACGCUUCUGGGACUGUUGACUUUGACGAGUUCAUGGAAAUGAUGACUGGCGAUUAAGAAACAAUUUAUUACGGAGAAAUAUAAGAAAAAGAUUAAUAAAAAGUAUCUAGUCAUGC